CGGAGGGAAGUCAGUGGUUUGCUCAGGAAACAGGAGUGAUAGUGGCCAAUCUGGUGCCGUUGUGGAGCUCAGAUUAGACUUUUUGUACAAAUUGGAUUUGGAGAAUUAGAGCAGGAUUGUAAGACCACCUACUGAAAGGAAGAGUAUUAUAGGAAAUCUAUAAAGUCCUAAAUUCAGCAUUUUUUUCCUAAUUGAAGAGAAAAAAAAACCAGAACUGUGUGACUUUGUUGUUUUAUAAUUGAAAUGACUGAACUGUGGAUUUGAGAGACUGCUGACUUUAGGGAAGUCGAUGUGAAACGUGGUAUGCAAACUUGAUUAUCUUUGCCUUCAUUUCUCUAAUCUUCACAUGUGACUUACUAUCCUGAGAAUAAACCUUAUGGGAAUAUAAAUAGUUGCUGGAAAGAACACUGACAGCUUGAAAGCAAAAUGAAGUUCUUUCUAUUGCUUUCAGCCAUUGGAUUCUGCUGGGCUCAGUAUGCCCCAAAUACCGAAUCUGGACGGACAUCUAUUGUCCAUCUGUUUGAGUGGCGCUGGGUUGAUAUUGCUCUUGAAUGUGAGCGAUACUUAGCUCCCAAAGGAUUUGGAGGGGUUCAGGUUUCCCCACCCAAUGAAAAUGCGGUAAUUAAUAACCCUUCAAGACCUUGGUGGGAAAGAUACCAACCAGUUAGCUACAAGUUAUGUACAAGAUCAGGAAAUGAGGAUGAAUUCAAAGACAUGGUGACUAGAUGUAACAACGUUGGUGUCCGUAUUUAUGUGGAUGCUAUAAUUAAUCAUAUGUGUGGAAAUGGUGUGGCUGAAGGAACGAGCAGUACUUGUGGGAGUUACUUCAACCCUGGAACUGAGGAUUUUCCAGCAGUCCCAUACUCUGGUUGGGAUUUUAAUGGUGGUAAAUGUAAAACUGGAAGUGGAGACAUUGAGAACUAUAAUGAUGCCUCUCAGGUCCGAGAUUGUCGUCUGGUUGGUCUUCUUGAUCUUGCACUGGAGAAAGAUUAUGUGCGCUUCACGAUUGCUGAAUAUCUGAACCGUCUCAUUGACAUUGGUGUAGCAGGGUUCAGAAUUGAUGCUUCUAAGCACAUGUGGCCUGGAGACAUGAAGGCAAUUUUGGAUAAACUGCAUAAUCUAAACACAAGAUGGUUCCCUGCAGGAAGUAAACCUUUCAUUUACCAGGAGGUAAUUGAUCUGGGUGGUGAGCCAAUUAAAAGCAGUGAGUACUUUGGAAAUGGCCGUGUGACAGAAUUUAAAUAUGGUGCAAAACUAGGCACAGUUCUGCGCAAGUGGAAUGGAGAGAAGAUGUCUUACUUAAAGAACUGGGGAGAAGGCUGGGGUUUCAUGCCUUCUGACAGAGCACUUGUCUUUGUUGAUAACCAUGACAAUCAGCGAGGGCAUGGAGCUGGGGGAGCAUCUAUUCUUACAUUCUGGGACCCUAGACUGUACAAAAUGGGAGUUGGAUUUAUGCUCGCUCAUCCCUACGGAUUUACACGAGUAAUGUCAAGCUACCGUUGGCCAAGACAUUUUGAAAAUGGACAAGAUGUUAAUGAUUGGAUUGGGCCACCAAAUAAUAAUGGAGUCAUUAAAGAAGUUACUAUUAAUUCAGAUACUACUUGUGGCAAUGACUGGGUCUGUGAACAUCGAUGGCGUCAAAUAAGGAACAUGGUUGUGUUCCGUAAUGUAGUUGAUGGCCAACCUUUAACAAACUGGUGGGAUAAUGGUAGCAACCAAGUAGCUUUUGGAAGAGGAAACAGAGGAUUCAUUGUCUUUAACAAUGAUGACUGGGCAUUAUCUUCAACUUUGCAAACUGGUCUUCCUGCUGGUACAUAUUGUGAUGUCAUUUCUGGAGAUAAAAUUGGUAACGAUUGUACAGGAAUUAAAAUCUAUGUUUCCGGCGAUGGCAAUGCUAAUUUUUCUAUUAGUAACUCUGCUGAAGAUCCAUUUAUUGUGAUUCAUGCUGAAUCUAAAUUAUAAAGUUUGAAUUAAAUACAUACACACAGAGAAAUAAAAGGUGUUUCUGUUCUUAUA